UGUAAUCAGUGUGAAGUUCGUUCGUUCAAACUAGUAAAAUCAAGACGUAAAAUCAAAAAUACUUAUUGCAUCUUUUUAUUGCAGAGGAACAAAUGUUCCUGUUACAUGAAUCUUCAGGAUUACGAGAAGGCGAAAGAAGCUAUAGCAGAAGCCGAGCAAAGUGAUCCAGAAAGCCCAGUUAUUUACUUUUACAAGUUUAAAAUUGCCCUCAUGGAAGGAGAAGAUGACAUUGCUGUAGAUGCAAUGACAAAGAUGAGUGAAGUUGGCUCAAGGCAAGAUAAAAACAUCACAGAAACGGAUGCUCACGGGUUGAUGUGUCUUGCUGCGCAGUUGGCUCUAGAGGUAUGGUUAUAACGGACACUUCCUGAAAGACCACAAGGAAAGUGAGACAUUUAAUGUAGUGUGGCCGAGCUAGCGUGACC